UUCAAUAUGGUUUGACCCAGGCGGCGGCUAUCCCCGCGCAAGGCUGUAGGUUCCGGCCCCUCAGUCUGUCCCGACACGGUAAUCAUCUAAAGACUUCCUGAGCAGGCGCCGCCAAGAGACAACCUGGACUCUGUCAGAACAGCAAUGCUCACGCGGGCUGCAAGGACUUCGUCCGAACUCACAUCAGAGUCCUGAACAGCGGCUGCCAUUUGCACUUUCACCAACAGACCGUCACAAGCGAAGCUGUUUCCGCGCAGUCUGCGUCAACAUGGAAGCGGCUUCGGCAAGGAUGGCCUCAAGGGGUCAAUAUCAGUUCGACGGCUUCUCCCCUCCUCGAUCGACGCUGCAGCGGUUUAUAUACAAUGCCUGCGACCCAAUCGCCAAUCUCGAACCCAAUCUAGCCCUUAACCUCGAGAUUGUUGAUCUGAUCAACUCUAAGAAGGGCAAUGCGCCGCGUGAGGCGGCAGUCACAAUCGUACAACUCAUCAACCACCGCAAUCCCAAUGUCUCUCUCCUCGCACUAUCCUUACUCGACAAUUGUGUCAAGAACUGCGGAUACCCAUUUCAGUUACAGAUUAGCACCAAGGAAUUCCUCAACGAACUGGUACGACGAUUCCCUGAGCGACCUCCCUUACGGCCAAGCCGCGUUCAAAGCAAGAUCUUGGAAGCUAUAGAAGAAUGGCGGCAAACGAUAUGUCAAACAUCGAGAUACAAGGAAGACUUGGGCUAUAUAAGGGAUAUGCACCGGCUGCUGCUAUACAAAGGCUACAUGUUUCCGGAAAUCCGUAGUGAAGAUGCCGCCGUUCUGAAUCCUAGUGAUAAUCUUCAGUCUGCGGAAGAAAUGGAGGAAGAGGAGCGAGCGGCGCAGUCUGCGAAACUCCAGGAACUCAUCCGGAGAGGGAGGCCUCAAGACUUGCAAGAAGCGAACCGCCUCAUGAAAGUGAUGGCCGGCUACGAUACCCGACAUAAGACAGACUACCGUGCAAAGGCUGCUGAAGAAGUUGCUAAAGUACAGCAAAAGGCCAGGAUUCUCGAAGACAUGCUUCAGAGUCACAAAGAGGGCGACAAGAUUGGCGACGGGGACGUCUUCGAAGAACUCGUUUCAGCACUCCAAAGCGCUCACCCUAAGAUCCAGAAAAUGUGUGAAGAGGAAUCGGAUGAUGCUGAAGCGGUUGCCAAACUGCUCGAGAUCAACGACAGCAUACAUCGGACGAUCGAGAGAUAUAAGCUGAUGAAAGCAGGGAACGUCGAAGCUGCCAACAAGAUUGCAAAGGGCACACUGGGCACGACGACAGGAGUUGGCAAAAACGCAGCGAAUGAGCUAUCACUAAUUGAUUUCGACCCGGAGCCCACUGGUGCACCCGUGGAGUCCUCUGCCAAUGGCUCUCUCUCCCUACUUGAUGAAGGAAUUGCAACACAAUCGACACCAUCACAACAUAGAACAGUCGAGGAUGAUCUGCUGGGCUUAUCAAUAGGGGACAAUGGAUCAGGUUCAGGAACUGUGGGCGCCAUAUCACUUGGUUCCAACAACAACACCACUUUCACAGCUCCUUCUGGUUCGAUAUUUGGAAAUCCAUCUAGUCCGCCUCCAAGUCAGUCAGCGUUCCCUCAAGCCCUGUCAAAAGCAAACUACGAUGCUUUUGCAUCCCUCAACAGCGCCUCACCAAUGUCAAAACCUACAACUCCUGCACCGCCGGUGCAGCAGCAGCGGGCGCAGAGUCAAGUGUCUGUCGACCCAUUUGCGUCUUUAAUUUCAUCGAGCUCUCGGCCGGCGACGCCUUCAAAACAGGCCAACACAUUACAGGCCAAGUCGCAGCCUCUGGCUGCAAUGUCCAAGCCAUCUACUGCUCCUGCUGGCGCACAGGGCGAUGACGAAUGGACGUUUGAGUCGUCCUUACCAGAGACCUCAACCGUCAAAGUGCUUUCUUCGGACGUGGAAAUCGAGUUCGAACCACGACGGCCGGCAGGCGCAUCAUACAUCCUCAUUACUGCUCGGUUUUCGAACAUGACAAAUUCACACAUUACAAACCUGCAUUUUCAAGUAGCCGUGGAGAAGAGCUAUUCACUGCAACUCAAACCACAAACCGGUCGCGAGAUGUCUCCCAAAGCACGAAACGCCAUCCAACAGGAAGUCCUUCUGAAUGGAGUUCCUCCCGGGAAAGGCAACGUGGUGAAGAUGAGGUUCAAGGUAUCUUACGAACUAAAGGGGCAGGCACAGGAACAGCAGGGCACGGUCCCGUCGCUGGGGAUUAGUUAGUGCGGCAGCUGGAUCCGACCGGACAGCUGGUACUGGGAAGCAUUACGCGCGGGCCAUUUUGAAAUCUUGUGCAGCCACUUCCGGCGCAGCUGG